UCAUUGGUGACAGAGGAAAGGCAUCUCUCAACACAUCGUUCCUCCUUCACUUCUCACAGAGAUGAGAGGAGCAGCUAUGAGUCUAACUGCAGCAGCGAGUGGAUUAGUCGUCUUCCUGCUCUCUGUGUCAGUGGUUCAGGGUCAGGAUGACUGGGGAGGGAAUUACACUUCUACUGAGGUCUAUGCUGUGAAAGGAUCAACAGUGGAGAUAAACUGCACCUACAAAUAUCCAUCCACAAUAAAAGGCAGUCAAAAUAAAGUAAAUAAAACAUUCUGGUUCAUUGAGAACAGUGAUGGUAACCCUGUAGAUGUGACCACAGUCUCAGAGUAUGCAGGUUGUGUAGAGUAUCGCUGUGAAAACAACAUCUGCACUCUGAGAAUCAAAAACCUGACAGAGAGCGACUCAGCUGAGUACAAGUUCAGGAUCAAAACAAACCUAGCUCAAUAUGCUGCUGCACCUGGAGUCACUUUGUUUGUCUGUUUGUCAGUCACAGGUCUCACGGUGCAGUUUGAACCCACACAUGCUAACCGGGCAGAGCUGAAGUGUCAGAGCAGUUGUCUUGUACCCUCUGGUCAUUAUGUCUGGUACGAGAACGGAGAGAAAUCUACGACUUCAAUAUAUUCUACUCAUUUAUUCACAUUAGGUUCUACAGACAGAUAUUCCUGUGCUCUGAAAGGACAUGAAGACUUCCCCUCUCCUGCAGUGUAUGCUCCAAGGCUUCCCUCUGUGUCAGUCUCUGCUGAGAUAAAGGAGGGCAGUUCAGUGACUCUGACCUGUAGCAGUGAUGCUAACCCAGCAGCUAACUACACCUGGUACAAGGUAAAUGGAAAUCAGAGACUUCCUCCUCUCACUACAGAACCACAGCUUGUCCUCAGCUCCAUCCAGGUUUCUGACUCUGGACAGUAUUUGUGUACAGCUGAGAACACGCUGGGGAAGACAUCAGAAGUGAUCCCUAUUGAUGUGAAAUAUCCUCCAAAGCUCCCUUCUGUGUCAGUGAGUCCCUCUGAGAUAGAGGAGGGCAGUUCAGUGACUCUGACCUGUAGCAGUGAUGCUAACCCAGCAGCUAACUACACCUGGUACAAGAGGAACCAAACACUGCCUCUGGGAGUAAAAGGAAGUUAUAAUUUCACCUCCAUCAGGUCUGAGGACAGAGGGAACUAUUACUGCAAGUCUGAGAAUCAAUAUGGAGAGGUCAACUCUUCAUCUAAAUAUAUUAAUGUCCAGUAUGCUCCAAAGCCUCCCUCUGUGUCAGUGAGUCCCUCUGCUGAGAUAGAGGAGGGCAGUUCAGUGACUCUGACCUGUAGCAGUGAUGCUAACCCAGCAGCUAACUACACCUGGUACAAGAAGGAUGAAGACUCUCCAAAAGCUUCAGGACAGAUCUUCACCAUCACUGACUUCAGUGCUGAACACAGUGGGAGUUAUUCCUGUGGAGCCCAGAACAAGUUAGGACGUCGUAACUCCACCUUAACUCUGAUUGUUGUGGCAGAUCACUGUUUCUCAGGAUCAUGGAAGCUACCAGCUGCUGUAACAAUCCCUGUUGUUCUCCUGGCUGUCAUUUCUCUCUCUGUCUUCCUGUGGAUCAGAAGAAAGAGGGCUUCUAGAGACUCGUCUGAGCCUGAAGAGAGAGCGGACAUCAGGGAAGAGUGUGUACCUGAUCAGCCGGAGCAGCAGGAGGACCUUCAGUAUGCCAGCGUUCACUUCAACAACAACCGGGCAGACCCUCUUGACUCCAACAUGAGAGCAGCUCGGCCCCUCAGACACACAGAGCAACAGGAAGUCUCAGAGUACGCUGCCGUCAAGUUCAGCAGUGCUGCCCCGAGGACCAGAGGUCAGGACUCUGAAGAGGAUCCCGCUGCAUUGUACAGCACGGUCAACAAAUCCAGAUAAACACAGCAGGCGUUGCAUUUGAAGGAUGAUACUUCAGUUUUUAUUACAAUCACAUUUCUAUGUACACAGGGUAAUGUGGAUUUAUUAAAUAUAUGUCUCAGGGUGGACCUCUCCAAGA